AUGACUAUCGACACGAUACCGCAGGCAUUGAUUGACGAUUGUUGCCAACUUGUGAAAGCAAAUUCUAUAGAAGGAAACAAGAUGCAUGAUGUUGGUAUUGUAUACACAAUGUGGGAGAAUUUGAAGAAAACUGGUGAUAUGGCGGUGGGCCAGAUCGGAUUCCAUGACCACAAGAAAGUGAAGCGAUGUGUAGUAGCGAAACGGAUCAACGAAAUCGUCAAUCGGCUCAAUAAGACCGAAGUAAAGGAGGAUAUUGACUACAGGCCGGCGUUCAAUUCUGAUAAUUUGAUCACUAUGAGGGAUACUACGGAAGAGCGCGAGCAACGAGACAUGGCGGAACGUCGACAACAGCGAAAACUUGAGCAGGAGAAAAAGGCCCGGGAGCAGAAGGAAGCUGAAGAGCGAGAAGCGGCGCGGCGGCAACGCAACUACGAGGAUGUGGACUGGGAUGCGCCACCUCAGAAGGAAAAAGAUGACGGGAAUCUUUCGGACGACUUCAUGUGA